AACGAAUCGUUGGUGGCGAUGGCAGCGAAGACGAUGCCUUCGAUGCACCGAUGCGCAGCUACAACACCCGCAAACAUGGGGGUUUGCUGACCACAUUCCAAGGACAAGACAACAAGAACACACGAGACAACAACAACAACAAGAAGAGCACUGCGUUGUUGUUGUCGCUGAAGGAGGGCUGAGGAGAGCAGCAACUUUGGCGUCGCCCAAACUUACCCCCUCCCCUUGAGUUGCUUGCCAGCCAACCAGACUCGGCAGCGAACGCGAAUGCACCACACACAGCAAACCGUUUGACGCAUUCAUUGCCCACAAACCCCACACCACACACAUCAACACACACCCCACUCAGCACACCACAAACAGCAACUACAACCACAGCAUCCACACCACACCAACAACCGAGAUCAUAUCACCCAGCACACCACAACUGCAGCAGCAUGAGGGUGUUGCGACUCGCCCUGGUGGCGAUCGUUGUGGCGACCAUCACCGUGGCAGCGCUGCCAAGGUCAACAGCAGCGGCAUCAUCACACCAGCCCAGCCAACAGCUCGUUCGACGAGAUGAAACACAACAACAGCAACAACAGCAACAACAGCAGAUCCUUGAUCUCUCGGCCACCAAUGCGUGGGUGGUGCCCCACGCUGCGCUGGACAGCAUCGUCGUCAGCACCGUCAUCACCACCAGCCUGGAGGCAUGCCUUGACGCGUGCGACACAGAGGCGCAAAGCUGCCGCAGCGUCAACUACCGCGCCCUCUCCGAUACAUCAAACUCAAACCGCGAAUGCAGCCUGCUCGCAUCCAACAUCACGCUGGCGUCCCUGCAGCGCGGGGAGAACGUGGGCACACACGCACAGCGCAAGGCGGAGGCAUACUCCUGCCCAAAUGGCACCUACAUCAACCACGCCGGAUCAUGCCGCGCCACAUCCACGUGCCAGCCCACCCAAUACGAGCGGUUUCCUGCCGCAGCCAUCGCCGACCGCGUCUGCGCCUCGUGCGAGCAAGGGUACACGGGUCUGGUUGCCAGCACGGAGUGCACCGAGGCCAUCCACAUCUCCUUCGAUAUGAUUGCGUCGCCAUCGUCCCCUUCAUCAGCAAACGCCAGUGCAAACGCCAACACGUCCUUGCUGACGCCCGCCAACACCGCGGACGUCAUUGCCGCCACAAUCAUCGACCUGCGCAAUCGCAUCAACGCCAGCAGCCCAACGCUGCUCAUGUGGCGAUCCGCCACCAUCAACGGCGACACGGCUACCGUCUCCUUCUACGUGGCGUACACCGAGCAGGCCGACGCCCUGCGCAGGGUCGUUGUUGACCAGGCAUUUGCCUUCACCGACACCGCAAACAACAUCACGCUGACGGCGGUGGCGGCAUCGUUUGUUGCUGUCGAUCCCAACGACACCGGCAAUGGCGAUGGUGACGGCGACGGUAGCGGGGGGCGAGCGCUGUCGCUGACGCUCUGGCUCGUCAUUGGCGCGGUGCUGCUGGCGGUGGUGAUUGCGCUGGCCACCGUGCUGCACUGCCGCGCACGCGCGCGCCUGCGCCUGAACGAAGACAGCGUGGAGAAGCAGUACUUCUACGGCGACCCGCACCAGCAGUCCCAGCAGCUGCACGAGCAGCACGAGCACAUGAACCCGCACGACCCCGCCGUCACAAAGAAGAAGCAACAGAGGCAGAAGCAGAAGCAAAAGCAACAGCAACAACAGCAGAAGCCACGCCGGCAAGACAAGCGAUCUUCCUCUGGCAGCGUGGUGGCGGAUUUGAUGGAGCUGCAAUACCCACCAACCGUGCGCGGCACACGCAAGCAGCGCAGGGCAAGCAAGCAGCAGCAGGCGUACAACGAGGAGAUGGUGUCGCACCUCCACACGUGGAAGAAGCUGUCCCUCACGCCUGCACUGCCCAUGGAUGAGACGGGAAAGACGAAGAACCCCAUCUACGAUGAGCUCUCGAUUCGCAGCCGCGCAAUGUCCACCGCAUCCUCCCGCGCCCCAACGGUCAUGUCUGCGUCGUCCACAAGGACUUCCCGAGCAGCAACGCCCAAUCCACAAACACAUGCGCUCGAGGCGCCAGACGCAUACGAAACACUCGACGAUAUCCGACCUCAGCAGCAGGAGCAGGAACAGGGAGAGCAGGCACAGCAUGAGCAAGCGCAGGCGCAACGACAGGACCAAGAGCAAGUGCAAGCAAAACAGGAGCAGGAGGAAGCACAGCCCGAACCGCACGUGCGAACGUACGAGGAGCCCGUGUACGAUCGGGCGCGGUCGGCAAGCUCAUCGUCCAACGCAACACAGGGCAUCCCAUCCCGCAACACAUCCACGCGCCAGCAGCGGCGGCAGCAGCGCGGAAGUGGCGGCGAUGAUGGUUACGACCGAGCCGAAAACAUCAUUGCACCAGAGGCGCUUGCAGCCGUGCGUGAGGAAGCGCAGGAGGACGAGGAGGAGGACAGAGGAGACAGCGGUGAGGAUGGGCCGUAUUACUCAAACAUCAAGGUCACCGAUGCGGAUGUGGAGGUGAUGGAUGACGCCGAGGGUGGCAUACCUGCAGGCACCACGGAGCCGAAGCCCUCCGCAGCUGCUGUGGAUGGAGACGGAGACGGGCCAUACUACUCCAACAUUGCCGAGGCCGCUGCUCCUGAUGAUGAUGAUGAUGACGACGACGAUGACGACGAUAAUGGACGGUACACCAAGAUGCUGGAUGAGGGCGAUGUGGCAAACAACGUUGGAGGCCGAGCACGAGACGACAAGGAAGAACAAGCGGGAGAACCGGAAGAGGAAGAGGAUCCAUAUGACAACACCGUGUCGCACUACCACAACCUGGAUGAUUUGGGCAACACCAAGUACCACGAUUUUGAGUUGGACGAGACGAAGACGACCGCCACGUCGUUCAGUGCUGAUGCGCUCGAGGAUGUCAACACCAAUAUCACCGCUCUCCUCACACAGGCAAACGCGUUCGAUUUGCGCCUGGACCCAACACAGUUUGUCUUUCGCGGCGUUGUUGGCGAGGGCGACUUUGGAACACUGGCAAAGGCAAAGUUGGUGCCGCGUGACGGCGACGAUGAGCGCUCUGUGAUGACGCUGGUGUUUCUCACCGAUGACUUUGCACACAAGGGCACGGUCUUGCUCGAGCUCGCCCUGAAGCUCAAGGAGAUUGACUGCAACUACGUUGUCGACUGUUUGGGCAUUGCCUUGCAGCAGCCAAAGCUGAUGGUGGCGCUUGAGUUUGCCAUGGGCGAUACGCUCCAGUCGUACUUUGCGCAAGAUGACCGCAAUGAUGAGCAGACGCUCAUGUACUUCCAGGACAUGCUGCUUGGGCUGCAAUUCUGCCACAAGCACGACGUGUUGCACACCGACCUGCGGAGCGCACAUGUUUGGUUGUGCAAGGGCCAGGCCAAGUUGUUUGACUUUGGAUUUGGCCGUCGCCUCUCCGUGAAGGACGACAACCUCUCUCUCAGGUGGAUGGCUCCCGAAGUGUCUGUUGAGCGCAAAUACACGAAGCAGGGCGACGUGUACAGUGCUGGUAUGGUGCUGUACGAGUCUGCGCUUGGAGGCGAGCUGCCCUUCAGCGACAAAAUGUGGACGGCAAAGGAAAUCAUGCAGCACGUGCGCAAUGGGUUCCGCGCGCCAAAGCCACGCGGGCUGGCGCAAAGCCUGUAUGACAUGUGUUUGUCGUGCUGGUCGGAGGAUCCGGCGUGCCGGCCAUCCAUCGCGCAGAUGCUGUCUGACAUUCAGCUGUCGUUGCAGCAUGCCCGGGAGCAAGCAGAGGCACUCGCGGCAAAGCGGGGCACCUCAAUGCGUGCAAGCACACGCCUGUCACCGGCAUCUGCGGCCUCUGUGCGGCGGCGCGACCAGCAACAGCACCAUCAGAAGCACGCGCACGCCCAACGCGCAGGAAACGCGUCCACAGCCGCAUCGACAUCGACAUCGACAUCGCCGCUGUCGGGGCUGUCGCGGGAGGCGCCGCGUGCGCGCUCGCGCAAGGCGACAAACACGCUGGCUGCAAUGGCCGGGCGGCUGUCACGCUCCGCAUCCAACGCAGCAAGUCUGGCGCAUCAGGACUCGCAGAAGUCCAUUGCCUCCGACGGCACGGACGAGUGGGCGCACAUUGCCAAGACAGGGUCGCUGGCGCCAGGAAACCGGCAGGCGUCGAACGUGUCGCAGGUGAGCGGGUUCAGCGACGUCAACUACUCGAGCGCCAUGGCGAGCCGGUCCAACUCGUACUACACGAUGAUGGGGGACGUGAAUGUGCCGCAGCGGCAGUCUGCGAUUUCGCUUGGUGGACGGAGCGACCAGUUCCGUGCAGGCAAGGAACAGCACCAGCAGAUGCAGAUGGAGCAGCAAAUGCAACAGCAACAAGCGCAACAGCAACAAGCGCAACAGCAACAAGCGCAACAGCAACAAGCGCAGUCAGAGCGAGAGUAUGUGCAAGAGCAGCAGCAGCUUGUGAAGCGGAGGGAGUCUGGGUACGUGCUGUCCACCAACUGGAACACCAACACGACUGCCCCGGCGAUGGCUGGGUAUCUUCCCAUGCAGGGUGCAGGCAUGACGAUGAGCGGGCACCCGGACGCGCCGCCCGCAACGGCAGCGGACAGCGCAAGGAAGACGUCGGCGCCGUCACCAACAGCACCAGCAGCGGCAACAGCGUUGCUGCAGCAGACAGCCGUGGGCGCACCACCCCAGCGCAAGCGCACAGGCUCGCCCUUGUCUGCCGUUGCGGGCGCUGAUGAUGGCGACGCGGCACAGAAUGUGGGCACGCUUGACCGCAGCUUCAGUGUGAAUCCACGGCUGUCGAUGAAGAGGACCCCUGGUGCGGAGGAGAGCCCAUACGAGGAAGGAUGCAUGGCACCGGCAGCAGUCAACGUUGUCAACCUCCCACGCGCCGUUCAAGUGCAGACGCACGAGUACGAGGACAUGGGAGAGCAAAUGCACUCGCGAACGCCGACGCCACCGCAAGUGACGGACGCAACGACAGCAGAGAACGACGCGCCCCCACCGCUUGUGCAGCGCGACAGCGACAUCAUCCUCGGCCCCAGCAUCCUGCGAAAGCAAGGCAUGUUCAACUCACCGGCCAAUGACACGCCCGACGCAAGCAGGAAGGCGACAUUGCGCAAUGAUGGCGGGCAGGAUGCGCUGGCAGCGAUGACGUCAUCCGGUGAGCAGGAGCAGCUGGACGAGAUUUACCACAACAUGGCGACGCGCACGGUUCCAGAGGGCCAGGCGCCCGUGCUGGUUGAGGCUGUGGGCAACGACUCUGACGAUGAGGAUGCACCUCGACCACAGGGGCUGUCGGACAACAACUACCUCACGCCGCGCGCGUACCUGGAGCCUGAGUGGCUGCACGGUGUGCUGUCUCGCAAGGAGGCAGAGGUCCUGAUCAAGAGCAAGUUGCAGGGUGGCGGUGUUCCUGGCUGCUACUUUGUGCGCAGGAGGGCGGAGUCUGAUCACUUUGUCAUCACCGUCAUGACAGACUGGUCAACCGUCGAGCACUUUCUCCUGACAUACGAUCCCCAAGCCGGGUGGUACCUGAACAACGAUGUGAGUGCGGCGUGCGGUAACCCGAGUGACAACCUUGUGUUUGUGCUUGAGAAGCUGCGUGAGAAGCGCGGUCGCUGGCGGCUGCCGCUGAACGCGCCCGUGACGUGCUUCAAGCGGCGGGACGAGAUGGCACAGCCCGUGGCAGAGACACGUGUGGCCCGGGGCUCGGACAUGCGCGCAUCGCAGCAGUUCCAGCGCAACGCGACCGCAAGAAGAAGCACCCUGCUGUGAGAAGGGGGAGACCCUGCUGUGAGAAGGGUGUGUGUGUGCUGUUUUGGUCUUUUUCUUGUUUGCGAACUUGUAGCAUUGCAUGACGAUUUUGUUGAUAUUUGGUGAUUAGCACCAAUCAGGAGAUUGAGGGAUGCGCGCGGGUGUUGUUGGGGUGUGUGGGAGAUGGACUGGCUGAACCUGUUGUGUUUGCAUGGAGGCAAAGGGGGGGGGGG